GACUUCUCAGUUUCGCCUUUUUAGCUUGAUGUCCCCCGUCUGACUUAUUUGCACACUCUAUUAGUACACUUGUUUUAGCCAGAGAUGGAGGAGCUCGAAAUUCUUCCCAGAGAUGCGUACCUGCACCCUAUCAGCAUCACCCGCGCCCCUUGCACCAUCCAGUGGUGGUUUUCAACAAAGCGCAAGAAUAUCGACUUUGGCCUGUUUUACCGCCGGGCGCCAGCAGCCGGCGGCUACAGCGACGAUGGGCGCAUCCGCACACCUUACGCCGCUCGGAACCAUCGGCAAAGCAGCACCACAGUGACCCCAAUACCGACGCCCAAAAAUCCCUCAUCGGCAUCUUCCGGCCAGCUGGCCGAGCCGGACAACGACCUGGCGGCGAAGCAGCGCGGAGGGUAUUUCAAACUGCAAGACAAGAAUGUGACCGAGCUAAUCCCGCUCAAGCACUACGAGUCAUCGAGGUCGACCAUCAAGGGCUCGUGGAACGCGGCCGAGCCCGGCACAUACAUUUUGUAUUUCGACAACUCGUUCUCGAAGAACACCUCCAAGCGGCUCUCUAUGUGCGUUGCCGUCAAGGAGAAGGCAACUGAGGCUACCGAGGACGUCCCAGCCGUGGUUCAGAGCGGAUGGCUAAUGCAGGGAUGGGCCAACCGCUGGUUUUCACUACAGGGCGGUGUUGUGCGCUCAAAGGUUGACAUUGAGGACCGCAUCGUCAUUCUGCGUGCCCUCAGCGAUGACGAUUUCAGCUCCUGGGUCACAGCCUUCCAGAAUGUCAAAGACCAGGCAGCCCAGCAUCCAGCGACUGUGACCAUAUCAACAGACGCCGGAUUCAACAAUUCCACCCAGCUCCGCCCGCCUGUUACCUGCGAUACCGCAGACAGCCGGCAUUUGCAGCUGCUGCAGGCCAGCAUGGAUGAUUCUAUCAGCCAGCUGCAGAGGCUGGCUAAUAAUAGCCAGGCGCUCAUCAUCCUGAUUCACCACCUGUCUGACCACGAGGUGGCAGUGCAACAGCAGGAGCAGUCGGACCGUCAGGACAGCCAGUCCCAGGUAGAUACCGGAUCCGCACCACCCACCAUCGCGCACACAGACUCGCGCAUGUCGUUCCUGUCUGCCUCCGGGUCCGACAUAUUUUAUGAUACAAACGAGGUUCUGGAGGUUGCACACGAGGAUCUCAAGCUGUCGCCGUCACCCAAGUUGUCGCCAACAGACGCCCCAGCUUUUGAGUCACCUGUUGCUGGCAAGAUCCCCGCCAUCACUACCAAUGGAAGCCCCGGGUCCACCUCAGAUGGCGGCACACCUACGUUGGACCCUAGCAUCACCCCGACCUCCGGACAGGACGAUGCCGACAGCAUCAGCGACAGCGACAAUGACGACGCGUUCUAUGGAGGCAGCGCAAACCACAGCAGCACCAACCGCAAUAUCCGCAUGCACCGCGAUCUGAUCCGCGACCCCGAUUUUGUCGAGGCCAUGGUCAAGCACCGGCUGGCGUCGCCGCGCCCAUCGACAUCUGAGCCAUACCCUGAAUCUCCUUUGAAACAGGAUCAGGACACGGAAUACACGGAUCUUGACAAUAGGCCCGAGGUUACGCUGGACCGUGUCAAGGACCAAAUUGUUGGCCACGAGCCACGCACAGAGCUCCCGGCGAUAAUGUGCGAGGCGAACAACGUCGGCAAGGACCUGACCAGCAUUGCAAUGCCGCUGGUUAUGAAUGAGCCCAUCAACGCGCUACAGGCGCUUCGCAUUUUAGCCAGGGCCGACGAGAUGGGCGACAGUAUUGAUCGACUGAUUACACUGUCAUCAAAGAAGCACCGCGCUGAGCGCAAGCCCUUCAACCCGCUUUUGGGCGAGACGUAUGAGAAAGUCGAUCCGCACAUGGGCUUCCCGCUUUACUCGCCCAACUACCGUUUCUGGCAAGAUUCGUCGGGCAAGAGCAAGUUCUGGGGCAAGUCGAUGGAAAUGAUCCAGACGUCGAACGUGCACAUUGAGCUGCUGAAACACGGCGAUCACUUUACAUACGGCAAGCCCUCAGCGUUGGUUCGCGGUCUAAUCACUGGCAAUCGCACCGUCGACUUCACUGGCGAGAUGCGGAUCACCAACCAAACCACUGGGGACUACUGCACUGUCCACUUCAAGGAGGGCGGCAUGUUCAGCUCGUCCAACGACAUGGUUGAGUGCACCUGCACCGCAAAGGGGACGGCAAGCUUCAGCUACUUCACCAUGUGCCUGAAUGAGCUGGUCGCAGCGACAGCCAACGUGCAUUACGAAGAGGGCCGCCUGCAGGAUGCCGAGGAGACCAAGCAUGAGUUGGAGGAGGCACAGCGGGAGCGCAAGCGCGAGCGGGACGCCAAGGGCGAGGAAUGGAAGACAAAAUGGUUUGAGGAGCGGGAAGAUCCAUACAGCGAGACAGGCAGGUCGUGGCAAUACAAAGGCGGGUAUUGGGAUGACCGUGCAAACCACACGUUUGAUCCUGCCGCCAAGCUGUGGUAAUAUCCAUCUGCUUUCUGUGAAUUCCUUUAAUAGAUUCAUUAAUUCAAGCUGG